AUGGGUGAGAGAUAUAUCAGCGAUCCGGUUGUUUACAACCACUUUCCUAAUGGAUUUAGAGGAGCGAACCACGCAACACGCAUGCAAAUAUAUGGUAGUCCAGUUCCAUACCGUCCUGGUAUUGAAACGGUUUUAGGACGACUACUAUCAACAUAUGUGAACAUGUGGGGUAUACACCCAUCACAACUACUUCCUCGUGCUCUGACUGAGGAACUAAGUCUAGUAAGAGUAGGGGACAGGCAGUUUCCACAAUCUGGCUGGAGCUCAGACCGAAGAGGGUCCUUCCAAACAGCUUUCGUUCGAGAAUCUUCCGACCAAGGAAGCUCGAACCAGGAAGAGUCCAACCAAGCCCGUAAUCAGAGCGGCCCAGGACAGAAUUUCACGUCCAAUCAAGGUACAUCAAGCCGGGAUUCCGACGAAACCUCCAAUGAAGAAGAAGAAGCCGUAAUUACUAUAACUGAUCGCCAGAUUACCUUAUUCGGCGAAAUCCGCGACAUGUUCGAACGUAGUGCCGUAGAAAACGAGCCUAGGAUAAAUCUUGUCUUGAACUGUCCGAUUUGUUCGGAACGACUUCGAUUUACCCAUCCAACCAAUCCCGAGCGGUUCGUUAGGAUCACCAAUGGGACGGAAUGGCUUGACGUCCUCCCUUGUGGGCACAUGAUUGGCCUGCGGUCCAAAGUCGAAGCUUAA